AGGCGGCGGGUCCUCAGUCAGCUGACGCCGAGCGGCUGGCUUGAGCUCUGACUGCAGAGCCGGGAGACACGAAGAUGGGAACACCGGGGGUCCUGGUUCGCUUUCUCUUUCUGCUGCUGGCGCAGCUGCUGCUGGGGUCUGCGCGCGGGUUGCACAAUGCCUCCCAGAGGACGUUUGAGAUCAGCUAUGACCAGAACUGCUUCCUCAAGGAUGGCCAGCGGUUUCGCUACAUCUCUGGAAGCAUUCACUAUUUCCGCAUACCCUGCUUCUACUGGAAAGACCGGCUGCUGAAGAUGAAGAUGGCUGGGCUGAAUGCCAUCCAGACGUACGUGCCCUGGAACUUCCAUGAGCCCCGACCAGGACAGUACCAGUUUUCCGGGGACAGUGAUGUGGAACAUUUUAUUCAGCUGGCUCAUGAGCUGGGACUGCUGGUUAUCCUGAGGGCUGGGCCCUACGUCUGUGCCGAGUGGGACAUGGGAGGACUACCUGCUUGGCUAUUAGAGAAAGAAUCCAUUGUUCUCCGUUCUUCUGACCCAGAUUACCUCGCAGCUGUGGACAAGUGGUUGGGAGUCCUUCUGCCCAAGAUGAAACCUCUUCUCUAUCAGAAUGGAGGGCCAAUUAUAACAGUGCAGGUGGAAAAUGAAUAUGGCAGCUACUUUACCUGUGAUUACGACUACCUGCGUUUCCUGCAGAAGCGCUUCCGCUACCACCUGGGUGACAAGGUGGUUCUGUUCACCACCGAUGGGGUGCAUGAGAAGCUCUUGCAGUGUGGGUCACUGCAGGGCCUCUAUGCCACAGUGGAUUUUGGACCAGGUUCCAAUAUCACAGCUGCUUUCCUAUUACAGAGGAAUAGUGAGCCCAGAGGACCCUUGGUCAACUCUGAAUUCUAUACUGGCUGGCUAGACCAUUGGGGCCAACCCCACUCGACAGUCACGACCGAAGCAGUGACCUCCUCCCUUCAUAACAUACUUGCCUGGGGGGCGAAUGUGAACAUGUACAUGUUUACAGGUGGGACCAAUUUUGCCUAUUGGAAUGGGGCCAACACUCCCUACGCAGCUCAGCCCACCAGCUAUGACUAUGAUGCUCCACUGAGCGAGGCAGGGGACCUCACUGAGAAGUAUUUUGCUGUGCGAGACAUUAUCCAGAAGUUUGCAGAAGUACCAGAAGGUCCUAUCCCUCCAUCUACACCAAAGUUUGCAUAUGGAAAAGUUGCUCUGAAAAAGUUAAAGACAGUGGAGGAGGCUCUAGAUGUCCUGUGUCCCUCUGGGCCCAUAAAAAGCCUUUAUCCCUUGACAUUUAUCCAGGUGAAACAGUAUUUUGGGUUUGUGCUGUACCGAACAACACUUCCUAAAGACUGCAGCGACCCGACACUCCUCUCUGCGCCCUUAAAUGGAGUCCACGAUCGAGCGUACGUCUCUGUGGACCAGGUGCCCCAGGGAGUCCUUGAGCGGAACAGGGUGAUCAUUCUGAACAUCACAGGGAAAGCUGGAGCCACUCUGGACCUGCUGGUGGAGAACAUGGGGCGCGUGAACUAUGGCAGAUACAACAAUGAUUUUAAGGGCUUGAUUUCUAAUCUGACCCUUGGUCCUGAUAUCCUCACGGACUGGAUGAUCUUCCCCUUGAACACCGAGGACGCAGUUGAACACCUGGGGGGCUGGGGCGGCCAUGGUGAUGGCCACUAUGUUGAAGCCCGUGCCCGCGGCUCAUCUAACUACACACUCCCAGCCUUUUAUGCGGGGAACUUCUCCAUUCCCAGUGGGAUCCCACAGUUGCCCCAGGACACCUUUAUACAUUUUCCUGGAUGGACCAAGGGUCAGGUGUGGAUCAACGGCUUUAACCUCGGCCGCUACUGGCCGGCGCGGGGCCCCCAGAUGACUUUGUUUGUGCCGCAGCACAUCCUGAGGACCUCGGCCCCGAACACCAUCGUGGUGCUGGAACUGGAGCGCGCCCCCUGCGGCAGCGACGGCCUGGACCUGUGCCUCGUGGAGCUGGUGGACAAGCCAGUUAUCAGCGCAGCCCUGACCUACGAUCGUGGCUCUGCAGAGCUGCUUAGUAAAGACCCGUGGCUGGACCGUGUGUGAUGAAUAAAGACUGUGAUCCUCCAGGGUUCUUGCCUUGCACAUACCUCACAGAUCCCCGCUUUUAAUGCCAACACUGGAGAGUUCGAUUGGAAAAUGAAUUUAGGGUGUGUGCUUUCGCCUGAGGUGACCCCUGCAGCCUGCCAGUGCCUGCCCCUACACGGGUGCAGGAUGGAGGUGGCAGCACCAUGUUGCACAGACAUGCCAGCAGAGUUGGAGUGGAAGCUUUAAAGGUGUUUCUAAUUUUUAUUUUGGAAGAAUCAUGUCUUUUUGCUAAAUAAAAUUUGUACUCAAUUGA